GAGUCAGUGAGAGCGGUAGUCAGGAGACUGCCAGCGUUGUGGGUGACAUGUCCUUAAGUAAAGGGUCUAGUAACAAGAGUGAAAAUGAUUCAACAGACAAAAUUAGUGUUAAGGAGAGAAAGGUAUCCAAUACAAAUAAUGAGUACUGUGAUGGUCUUCGUGUUAUAUAUGAUGAAGAAGACAACAAUUCAGAUGUAUUUUUUAUACCAAUUCAAGAACCAGAAAAUGAGAGCUUGUAUAGACAUAGUUAUCAUGUACCAUCUAAUACGGAACCGAGAUUGCCAGCUCGAUGGUACUCGGAUUCCCAGCUCUACAAAGAAAGGAGAAAUGCUCAAGGUCAUAAAAUUGUUGCUAGUCUUGAUAGACAUGUGUCCGUAAAAGAUCUCGCAGAGAGGACUGCCUCCACUGCUGAAGUGUUGGAAGAAGCCUGCAAUACGAGGAGCUUGAAAAGAUCCUCAGCGCAGGCAAGUCUCAAGAGAGCUAAUCUUCGUAAAAGAGAAGAACAACCUACCUCAGGCAGCAGUGAAGAACUGUGGCCACUGGAGGAGGACCACAGAAAGUAUCUCUCUCCUACCUACAGCCAUGCUGAGCUAGAGGACUGGUCACUGGACUUGUCAUCAGAAUAUCUGAGUGGUGCAUGUGGGGAGGGCGAAGGGAGUGAGAGUGUGGGUACGAGUGGGGCCCACCAUGGAUCUCUGCCGUCCAUCCAGGAAGCCACGCCCGAACUUGAGGAGGACAAUAACGAGUUCCUCUGGAAUGGUGCUACAUACUUUAAAACUGAUUUAGAUUUAGACUGGUCAAGUAAAAAGGAAAUGACCAAAAGCUGGCAGUUGGAUCAUGCGAAGGAGAAUCAGAUAGUAAUGUCUCCUCGAUCUGGGUGCUCUGACCAGCCUGCAGUGUGGUCUAGCAGUGAGCAGCUUUCAUGCUGCUCUGAAGGGGUUUCAAAGUGCAGUUCUGAUUUUGAAAAUUUCUGUGAACAAAUAUGUAACUUGCCUGAACUGAAAAGGGUAUCCUUUUGCAGUAGUGAGUUAGGGGGCCAGGAAGCCUCUAAAGGUGCCAGCCACGACACCUCGAGUGCGGGCGAACAUGAAGAAGAACUCGCAGAUGAAAUGUGUAUUGAUACUGUUUUUACUAGAGAUUUUUACCGCCUUGUUAAGUUUGAAAGCAACCGAAGUCUUGCAGCCUCAUCUAAAAGUCUGGCCACUUCUGAUGGACUCCUCACUAUAGAGAGACUGCAAGACUUGGAAUCUAGUGGAUCACGCAAAGAGGCAUUAGCUUCUGUCCUUGGUUUUAUUGCAGAACAGCAAAAGUACUGUAAGGAGAGAGAAGCUCAGGAUGAGAAAGUUGGCAGUAGUCACUCUAGAGAUAUGUUGAAGAUUGCCAAUGCUAUUGAAUGUGCUGGAUCUCCUUUAGCCUCUGUUCUCUUCAGGGGGACAUUUCCAAAGUCUGCACUACGUGAAGGUACCGGUGACCAAAAGAAAGCCUCAGAGGAUUUCUCCAUGAGGACUCUGCCCACAAAAUCUUGGAAGCAAAGUAACUCGGUGAAGAGUAAAGUCGGUCCAGCUGUUCCUGCCAAACCCAGGUCAUGUUACCUUCAGGGAGGUCAACCUGGAGCUGCUACCUCUAAUGUCUUACCUACAACUCCUGCCAGAUGUCACCCUGCAGCCGCAUCCUCGUCCCUUCCAGCUGCAUCAGCUGAAUUGCCACCUGCUUCCCUCCCAGUCUUGCCGGCCACAUCUCACCCACACCCCUCUGUGCCUUCCCGGUCAUCUAGUUUGGCCCCUCUCCAAGCCAUACCUGCUUGUGAAGAGGAAGUUCCUCUCUCUCCUAUCCCUACGGUGCCCAUCAGGAAUGCCUCGCACCCUCCUGAUACAGACUCAAUUCCAGAGCAGCAGAUUUAUUGUACGCCUUGUCCUGAAGUACCUCAUCACAACCCUCCAGUACCUGACCACAAUUGUGUGGACAUGUCUUGUUUCCCCCCGGUGCCCCGUCGCUCAUCCAGUAUGGCUUUCUGUUGCAAUGUCUUACCUGUACCCGAGCACAAGGUGUCCCUGAAUGACCCCCCACCUGUGCCCAAGCGCAUAACAAGCCGAGCCCUACCCAAGCCUCCACCUGUGAUAACCAGCCAGGCAUCAUUAAACAAUGCCAAUGGCACGAGCAAGAGCAGUGGUCACGAGGGUAAGCGACCUCGGAGCUUCCUAGGACUGGGAAUUUCCAGCCCUAAGAGACCCCAGAGUGAACAUCAUGAACUGCCCAGCCUGAGUGAAAACCCAGCAGGCAUGCUGGUAGAGUUGCAGCGAAUGGCCAAAGUGGAGGAGGAGGAAGAGGAGAAGAGACAGAGACCAAGACCUGGAGGCCUCUAUGAAGCCACAAGUCCUGGUGGGUCUGUGGGCCUCGGUACUGGUUGGGUCAGGGUCCAGCCGCAUGUCGAUUUGCAAGACCCUCAGGCUCGAGCUAAUCUGUUAGAUGGAAUGAUGGAGUCAAGUGAGGGCUGCAGCUCAGAGACAGAGGACGAUGAGGGCAUGGCACACCAGUAUGCACAGCUCAGGUCUAUGCAUCGCAGUAGACGUAAACGCAAAGGUAGACAAAUGUACACACUCCACUAAUACGACUCUUCACGUGUUGUUACCUCACCGCAGGGCUCGGCCAGGGUCAAUGGUAUGAUUCUCCUCUGAUACAAGUAUAACCCAUUGCAUGCAACAUGGAAGACUUUUUUUCCUCCCUUUUGUUUGCUUCUAACAUUGUUUCUUGU